AUGACGGCCACGUCGCUCAGACUGGCCUUGGUCGCCAUCAUCGACGACCUCUUGACCCUCAACUCGACCGACCACCACACCGCCCAAGCGCUCGACCGCCUCGAGGGCGUCCUGCACCCUCUCGCCCUCGCCGACCCCUCAUCGUCCAACAAGCUCGACCGCUUCCUCGACACGCAGGACUCGCUCGACCUGAACCUCACCACCGUCCUCCUCCAGCACCUCGCCCGCUCUCUCGGCCCCAACCACCAAGACUCGCUCCUCGUGUGGUCCAACUGGACUCGCUCGCUGCGCCUCGUCCAGGGCCUCUUGCUCCUCCACCCGCCGAGCCAGCGCCUCUUUGCCCGCCGCUCGUCCUUCGAGUACCUCCUCGCCAUCCUCGACCUCGCCCGCACCGCCCUCCCACCGGCCUCACCCUCUCUCGCGUCCACCUCGACCUCGAACCCCGCACCCCUCCCCUUCCCCUCGCCUGUCCUCUUUCCCCCAACCCCGCUCUCCUCCCCUCGCCUCUCCUCCCAACGCGCCCCUCCACCACCCGACCCUCGCGCCCUCGCCGCGACCCACCUCGCCCUCGCAGCCCUCGACGUCGUCCUGUGCGCCCUCGUCGACCGCCCGGCCAACGUGCGCGUGUUCGAGGACCUCGACGGCCUCGCCCACCUCGUGCGCGUCCUCAAGGACAAGGCGGUCGCACAGCCUGUGCGCAUCAAGGUCAUCGAGCUCCUGUACUUCUACCUCCUCCCCGAGGCGAACCCGACCUCGACCUCGAGCGCGCCCGACCCCGCACUUGCUUCGUCCACGUCCGGCGCGUCGGCUCUUGACGAGCGCAUCCUCGGCAUCUGCGGCCCCUCGGGCGCGGGCGCGAGCGCGAGCGACGCCACCGCCGAAGCGCUCCCGCGCCUGUUCGCCGAGACGGCCGCCUCGUUCGUCCCGCAGACGCCCACACGGCAGCGUGUGCGCCGCACCUCGUCGUCGUCGGCGGCGGCGGCGUCGUUCGAGCCGACCCUCUCGACGCCCCGGAGCGCCAUCGAGCGCACGCCGUCCCGCGCGGCCUCGAGCGCCACCGAGCGCGAGCCGCCCUCGCCGAGCCUGAGCGCGAGCAGGAGCGCUAUCUCGGCGCCGACGACGCCACGCGCGUUGCGGCACCAGCGCUCGCAGAGCCUCACGUCGCUGCGGGACGUCGGCGUCGUCGGCGGCGGCGAGCGGCGCGGCGCCGCCGGGCCGCUCGAGAGCCCCGGUCGCCUCAGCAGGUACCUCCCGCCGCCACCGGCGUCGCCGCGCGCUGGCGCACCGGCUCGUCCUGCGCCUCCUCCUCCUCGUCCUCCCUCGCCGCGCGCGCUGCACGAGCCGAGGCCGCCGCGAGCGCGCCACUCGACCCCGUCGUCGACGACUUGUUCCUCGUCGUCGUCCUCCACCGCGACCACCACCACCGCCACGAACCUCCCCGAGCCAGCCAACGACUGCUACGCCUUCCCCGACCCGCCCACCGCCUCGGCACCCUCGACGCCCCGCGCUCGCGCUCAACCGCCCUCGCGCCCCAGCGCCGCGCUCGAGCCCCUGCCGCCGCCGCAGCAGCAGCAGCAGCAGCCGGUCCCGUCCCCGCGCCGCCCGGCACAGGCCCACCGCCGCGCCCAGUCGAUGCUCGACAUCGUCGGGCUCGGUCGGGCCCCGAGCACGAGCACGAGCGGCGCUCGUCCGCCGCCACCGCCGCCGGGCCCGGCCCCGAGACGCAGCAGCAGCUCGUCGGCGGCCGCGGCGCGCGAGCCUUCGGGCCCGCUCGUCGAGCGCACGAGGGCCGAGCGCGACGCCCGUCGCGAGCGCGAGCGCGAGCGCGAGCGGCACGGCGCCAUGCUCCCGCCGCCCGUCCCCUCCUCGGCCUCGGCCGCGCGCCCCGGGCACGUACGCGCGCGCUCCUCUGCGUCGAGCACGGGCACGGGCGCGAGCACGGGCGCGGUGCAGGCGGCUGUCGAGCGCCUCGAGCGGCGCGCGAGCGUCGAUGAGGCGGCGGUGGCGGGGCGGGCGAGGGGGCGCCUUGGGUCUGGGUCGUCGUCGUCGUCGAGGGCGGGGGGCAGGGGGCCUGGAGCGGGAGUGGGAGUGGGAGUGGGAGCAAGGGCGGGCUCAGGAGCGGCUCGAGCGGGCUACGACGUUGGCUCGAGCGGCUCGAGCGCGUCGGCGGGCUCUGCGCGGUCGGCGAGCACGGCCGCGACGACGGCGGCGUACUCGUCGAGCGGGACCGAGGGCAGCGGCGGUAGCGCCGGCCAUUGGCGCGCCGGGUCGAGGCCGAGCGCAGCGUCGUCGAGCAGCAGGCGCCCAGCGUUGGCGGCGGCGAGCACGCGGACAGAGCUCGAGAAGAAGGAGCUCUUGCGGCGCGUCAUGCCCAACGUCGAUGCGCUCGAGGACAGGUUCCGCGCCAUGGGGCUCGGGCUCGCGCCGUGA